AUGUUCAACAAAUUUGAGCCAUUCUAUUUAUACUUUAAACGCCUUGACGGCAAACUUCAACUAAAACUUGAAAAAUACUUGAUAAAUCCGUUUUUGACAGAGAAAGACUAUGAAGAAUAUAGAACCCAAAUGUUAAAUAAAUACAUGACAAUAAAAGGAGAUGAAUAUGUUCAUUACAAUCAUUAUCUGCCACAACAACGCCUUCAUAUUACAAUACAUGUACAGUUUUUAUUUUAUAAAUUAUAA